AUGGAUUUAUCGCAUGACGUGCACCCGUCGCGGAAAAUAUUGCUCGUAGUGACAACAGGGGGGAUUUACUCAUGCUGGGCCCUCGCCGAGCGUGGUCAUGUCAUUGAAUUUGCGACUCUUGACGGCCAAGAAAGCUGGAUCAAGCCCGAUGAAUACGGGUUUGUCACUAAAAUUCACACUAUGGGCCCUGGUCCGACACCUGAGCAACUAAAUGAUCAUUACCGUCGAAUGCAAGCUUGGGACGUCCGUAAGGGCAUCGAACCAACAUUCAUUUCCAAGUCCAUGUUCGACUCUUACUGGCCUCAAACAUAUUUCGGUCUCAAAAAGAUUAUCGAAGAUCUGAAAACACGCCCAAGCAUGAUUGUGGCUGAUUUCUUCGUGGAGGCCGCUAACGAUAUGCAUGUCGAGUAUGACCUACCAAUUGCUGUUGUCUGUCCUAACUGGCCACCGCUACAAUUGCCCUGUCCUUAUAUUCCCGGUCAGCCAGGGUUUCAACUUCCUGGGACUAUGACCUCGGAAGAUGCUUCAAUGUGGCUACGUUUCAAAAAUGAAAUUAUCAUUUUGCUUGAUUUGCCAGCUAUCAUGAGGCUUUUCAGUCGGACUAGACAAAUGCGUCAUGAGCAUGGCGUUUUACGCCCACUUCACAAGCCCAAGAAGCCGGACUAUCUGAUAUUUGUCAACUCUUUUGCCGGCCUAGAGAUUCCACGAGACUUGCCUCCUACCUGUUCUCCAGUCGGGCCUCUAUUGAGCCCUAGUUGGGAUCCUUUGGAUACAAAGUGCGGAGAAUUCUUGCACAAUCACAAAUCUGUUCUUUACAUCGCCCUUGGCACACAUAUCAUUCUUCCCCAUAAGGAUGUCGCCAAAAUUAUAGUGGGGGUGAGUCGUCUGAUGAACGAAGGACUUGUCGACGGUGUGAUCUGGGCUAUUCCGAAAACUGGCCGGAAUGACAUCGAUACCAGCCAGAGCUUCAAUACCACGACCAAAGGCAGAACGGCAGAUAUUUCUUUGGCGGAUAUGCUAGCAAACAAACAUCCCGACUGGGUGUUCCCAUUCUUUGCUCCACAGCGUGCCAUCUUGGACCAUACCUCUACCAAGCUCUAUUUUACUCAUGGCGGCGGCUCUAGUGCAAACGAGGCCCUUUUUCAUGGGAAGCCAAUGCUAUCCAUGGGCAUAUUUUUCGACCAAACUGCCAAUACAACAAGGCUUGUAGCCGGCGGUGUCGCUGAGUCUCUCGACAAAUUCACGUUUACCUCUGAUGAAAUUUAUAUGAAAUCGAAGAAAAUCCUCGACUCCGGGGAUGAUGGGCUUUACAGGCAGAACGUGUUGCGCCUGCAACGUAUCGCCCAUAUUGCAGCGCGUCGCAAAAACCACGCAGCGGAUCUGAUAGAAGAGACUAUGUAUGAUAAUGAGCUUCGAUUUGAUAAGAACGGCAAAGAACUGCGUCCUAUGCAUCUGCAGACAGCAGACUCGCGCAUGUCCACAUGGAAAGCCAAUAAUUGGGAUCUUUGGACCGUCAGUGCAUUGGGUUUGGUGGUUGUAAUGGGAUCGAUGGGGAUUGUGACAAAGUACUUUUGGAAGCACCGUCAGCCAAUACUCGGAAAGCUAUACGCUCUCAUUCUCGGUGGAUGGAGGCUUGUCAAUCGGAAUGUCUAG